CCACAUAUAGAUACUAACACCUUUUGAAGUGGGUUUAAUAAAGUAAAAACAAAGCCAAUAAAAACAGAGAUUGCACUUUCCAAAAUUUGCUCAUACUUCAAUUAGCUUUACCUCAUACCUGCAUAGUUCUUUUUUGUUAUUAAUACAUUUAAUAGCGCUGAUAAUUAACAAACAAAAAUUCAGACCUCAAAACCUGGUUUAGACUUAGCUUUUUUAAUAUUACGUUUAUGAAAUUUACCAUAUAAAAUCGAAAGAUUCACCACAAGUUUAACAGCUAUUUUUCUGAUUCAGAAUAUAUAAAAAACAUUUUAACAAGAAGAAAAGUAGGAGGGCCGUAGCGGCAACAACAGCGGCAUCACGUGACUCACAAAGCCAGGAGGCUGCCCUGUUCCAAUAUGGUGGUCAGCUUGGCGAAGCUGCGUCUCCCGUUAAUCGUAUCGUUAUUGUGCGGGUUCGGGACCUGCAGCCAACAAGAACCUCAGGUUUACGCUCUGCGCUUAGAAGACGCCGACGAGCGGGUGCACGUGCGCAAAGGAAACAUCGAAGCUCCGCGCGACUCCAGGUUCAAGCUGAGAUUGUUUGGAUCCCACCUGUCCAAUGAGACCUGGCCGUGGGUCGCGUUCGCCGCUUCCGCCGAUGCAUCUUCGGAUGACGCGUGCCUGCGGGAGGACCGCCGCGCGUCCGCUGCGUUCCGGGUGCGCGGUGAGCUCGUGGUGGACAGGAACGACAGCGCGAUCGUAGAGGUCCACACCGAACUCGCAGCAUCCGAAUCGGAGCGCAAGGAUGCGGAGUCUGUGUUCCAUCACGUGUGCGUCUUAAAGGGCCAGACGUGGGUCUCAUUCGGGUCGGACUUGUUCCGUAUAAAUGUGCCAACCGAUGUCCAACCAGACUACAUUCCGCUAUGGGGUCUUGUUUUGGUCGUUGUGUUGCUGGUUUUGAUUUGCGGCGUGGUCAGAUGCCUGAAUCUGAGUUUGCUUUGGUUGGACCCGCUGGAGCUGUAUGUCCUUCACAGCUGCGGUUCUGAAGAUGAGAAGAGGAGUGCCAAGCGUCUGAAGCCCAUUCGGAGGAGAGGAAACGUUCUGGUGUGCUCUCUUCUGUUCAUCUGUGCCUUGGGUCACUCGGUUCUCGGUGUUCUCUUGUACCGCCUGUUCGGGUCCAUCCUGCCCGCCGUCUUCACCAGUGGGUUCCUCGUGUUCCUUCUGGCCGACUUGGUACCACACAUAAUAUGCUCAGGCUACGGGUUCCAGAUGGCCCCGGGGUUGAUAUGGUUGGCCCAGAUCUGUCUGAUUCUGACGUGUCCCCUCUCCUGCCCCCUCGGACUCCUGCUGGACCUGAUCCUGCGGCGGGACGUCAGCACCUGCGGCGUCCGUGAGAAGACCAUGGAGAUGAUCAGGACUAGCGUGAACGACCCGUACAAUGAGUUUGUCAAGGUGGAGUUCAGCAAGGGUGCGCUCAGGACCAAAACCGUGGAGGAUAUCUUGACCCCUCUGAAGGAUUGUUUCAUGCUCCCCUCCACGGCCGUGCUGGACUUCAGCACCAUGUCAGAGAUCAUGCAGAGCGGGUACACCCGGGUGCCCGUGUACGAGGAGGAGAGGUCCAAUAUUGUGGAAAUUUUGUUCGUGAAGGAUUUGGCGCUGGUGGAUCCAGAGGACCGCACUCCCAUGACCACCAUCACAAAGUUCUACAAUCAUCCUCUGCACUUCGUUUUUAAUGACACCAAACUGGACGCCAUGCUCGAGGAAUUCAAGAAAGGAAACUCUCAUCUGGCUAUCGUUCAGAAGGUGAAUAAUGAAGGAGACGGAGAUCCCUUCUAUGAGGUUCUGGGUCUGGUGACGCUGGAGGACGUCAUCGAAGAGAUCAUCAAAUCUGAGAUCCUGGACGAGUCUGAUGGUUACAUGGACAUGAAGGUGAAACGUCCGACGGCCCCUCUGGAGAUUCAGCUGGAGCCCCGCGGCGUCCACGAGGAGUUCUCGAUCUUCAAACCCCCGGAGGGCGAGCCCAAGAUACGCACGUCUCCUCAGCUGUUACUGGCUACACAUCGCUUUCUGUCCAGAGAGGUGGAACAUUUCUCCCCGCAGCGCGUCUCUGAGCGAGUUCUAUUUCACCUGCUGCGUCACCCGAGCGUCAACCAAGAAGUGAGGUUUGACUCGGGGAACCGGUUCUGUCCGGAUCACUACCUAUACACACGGAACCAUCCUGUAGACUACUUCAUUCUGCUGCUGCAGGGUCGUGUGGAGGUGGAGAUCGGGAAAGAGGGAUUAAAGUUUGAGAAUGGCGCUUUCACUUACUACGGUGUUUCUGCACUCACGGCUCCCUCCUCGGUCCAUCAGUCUCCGGUGUCCACGCAGCGUCAGUCCCCGAGAGACCCAUUUGAGCUGGGAGAAGCCACCAGCCCGUCCAGCUACUGUCCCGACUACACAGUACGAGCGCUCACGGACCUUCAGUUCAUUAAAGUGACCCGUCUUCAGUACCUCAAUGCCCUGAUGGCGUCCCGGGCGGCACAGAGCCCCGACCCUCCUGAAAUUAAGAUCGUGCCCAACAGUCAAACCAAACUCUUGAACGACAGAAACACAACACAAGACUUUCAGCUUGACUUUUCGUUCUUUGACGCAAUUGACAACUACUGUUAGUGUACUUUGCAUGAGACAGGAUUUAAAUGAGCGGUGCAGGUAAGAGUCAGGACUUCAGGCCGGAUGAGGAGCUUCACAGUCAGAGAGGAGCUGUCUGACCUUCUCCUAAACUCCUCCAGAGCUUACCAGGGUUUUAUUAUAACAACUGAUUCGUUAUUGUCGUCUUAAAUUAAUGUUUUAUUCCCGGAAUGCAGCGGUUGAGCCAGACAAAGGACUGGUGAUAAAUAUGUCAUUUCAAGACUGCUGAUAACGCUGUGAUUCCUAAUUCUUAAUGUACUUUCAUAAUAAUUCCCGUGAUGUCACUUCCUGCGAGCAUCUUCAUUUGAGUUUUCCUUAAGGUGUAUGCGUGAACAUAUUUGCUUCUGAAUCAUGCGAUGUGCCAUGCUCUUAUUAUUUCUGCUAUAUUACAGCGGCAGUAUUAUAAUAUUGUCGAGCCCUAACGUGCCAAAAUGUGUUCGGAGAGAGGCAGAUAGAGGAGAAUAGACAGAAGACACUUCCUACAGAAAUCAUUCAUCCAGAAAUGAAGCGUCGGUCAUUAUUUAUUCACACUCAUGUUGUUCGAGACGUUUUUGUGGAACAGAGGUGUUGUCUUUUAAGGCCCUGUAUGUAUGUGCCAAUGUGGAUUUAAACACGGGAAACUGAGGUUGAUGUGGAAAGCUGGAUUUUUUCACAUGCAGAUGUUAUUUUCUCUUGAGUGUUUUUGGAAAUGGGAUGUGUUCCUCUCGCUUUUAGAAAUGUCUUCAUUGGUCCCAGAGAUUAUCAGAGUCUAGCAUUAUUUUUAUAAGACUCAUGCCUUAAUGUGUCCCCACACAUUAUUUCUUCUUCCCCUGACUGAAAAAGUCAGAGCUUCAAAAAUGUCACGUUGAAUGUGAUGAAAAGGUCUAAACCGUCCAGUUUUGCGAGACAAAUGAGGGCACUGACGUUCGCUCGAUACGUGCACUUCGAUUUUAUCUUGAAAACCAUAUCUGCUUUUAACGUUCCCUGCAUGCCCGCAUUUAAAUUUAACAUCUCGGAUGUAUUUUGGGUGCUUCGAUGUCUUGCAUGACUGUAGCGAUGCAGUCCAUUAGCUCAGAUUGGAUAUGAUGCUAGAAUGCUUAUAAUUUGACUUUGUUUUCUUAUGAUCUUUUUUUGAGUUGUCAUACCACAUGAGGUAAGCUAUUUUGGGUUUCAUUGUGCAGAGAUAUGAGAUUCAUGAGUGACUUUCAUGAAAGACAUUUAUUUGCCUAUAAGAAUUUCAAGUUUUUUCUAUAUUUUGUUUUUAUUGAUGCCUAACUUAAAGAGAAUUACGUAACUUUACGUAAAGCGUGCUCAUUUUAUUGCUGUGGUUAUAACCCAUAAAAUGAUGUUACCAAUCAUCUAAAAAUCACCCUUUACUCUCAGAACAGCGUGUGAUCCUGAGUAAAUAUUAUUUUGCCGUUAAAAAACACGUUGUACUGUUUGUUCUGUUGUAAAAGUCCAUUUCUAUAAAAUAAUGAAUGUAUAUUAUAAAAUCCCUUGUUUUACUCUAUUUAUCAGAAAUGGUGGGUUUUUUCAGAUAGUUUAAACUUCACUACAUUAAUAUGAAACUAAAUCAUAUAUAAGCUGUAAACUGGGACCAGGUGUGGAUAGAUAGCAGCUCUUCAGGUACAAACAUAUUUUACCAGGUUUUCUAAAUACUUUAGAAGUGCAGAUCUGCUCUGUUGCACAAAAUCCAUUCAAUGAUCUUGAUAUCAACUGUUUCAUAGUAAAUAAACACAACUCAGUGCUAAAGUAAUUGUUUCUUUCAUUACAUUUAUAAGAUAUAUUUUGCACUGUUUUAUUUUUAUCAAAAGAUUCAUUUCAAAGCAUCCAUAUGCUGUUUAAUCCUGUAUUUGUCAAUGAGAUUAUACAAUUAUGAUUGCUUUUUAUUUUUUGGAAACUCUGCUCACCGGCUUCAAUAUAGUGCUAGUGAAAAUGAGUGCUUUAUUUAACAAAGUAGUUCAAUUUAUUUUAAAGAUACCAUGCACACUUUUCAAGGAAAAUAUUUAACAAAAAUAAAACGAUAAUGUUAAAUAUAAUUGAA